GAAACACAAGUGUCCUUCGUACAGUAAACCAUGGACGUAUAGUUUUUUUUUAUAUACUUUAAUGAGUUUACCCAAUUAAGAAAAUUAAGUGCUGCCCUAAUGAUUAAAAGACAAUUCACUUUGAAGUGUUUGUGAACAACUGGUGAUUCUAGGCUUUUGUGCACAAAACUGACGGCAUGAAAGGUGAUACUUCUUUUGAGACAAUUGAUACAUACGUUUCAGAGUAUUAUACAGAUCCUGACACACGAGAUGACAAGCUAAGCAAACAGUCAGAUCUCCAGACUGCUUCAAAUAUCAACGCGUCAGCAUUCCAGACAGGAGCAGAGAGAGUGCAUACUGGCGAGAAGACGAUGGAUUCCUGCUGUUGCAACAAGCGACACGUGACUUUUGUUUGGGCCCUGCUGGAGUGCCUAUUUUUCACGGGGGUGAUAUUCGGAUGGGUGUGGCUGACUGUUACCCUCAGGCGAGACGCCUUCUUCUUGGACCUUUGCAAUGUUACCUUUUCAGAAGAGGAUAUUUCCAACGGCCAGAGCCUGAGUGAAACUAUUCAAGACAGUUCAAGAAAUGGACGGCGGUCAAAUUGCAGGACCACUUCUACCACUACGUUGGCCCCACAGGACUUUGAGAAUCGCCUGCCAUUUAAUGGUACCCAGUAUUUCUGUGACGAACAGGAAGAUCGUCUUAACCUUUUGUAUGACGUUAUCAUUAUAAUCAGGAACGUUCUUAUUUUGCCCGUUGGUAUAUUUUUGGAUAAGUAUGGAACAACCCGGAGUCGACUUCUGACAGUAUUUACGUUCAUCACAGGAACAUUGAUGAUGACGUUUUCGAGUACUGCGCCCUGGCUGUUGAUACCUGCCCUGGUGUUAGUGUCUCUAGCUGGUCUGGUACUUCUCAUCACAAAUCUACAGGUGGCCAAUUUAUUUGGAGAAUACCGAUACACUGUCAUGGCUACUUUUAUUGGAGCAUACCACUCCUGUUCUUUGAUUAUGGGUUGCAUGAAGGCAACAAAUGACCUUGGCGUAGGAACACAAACAUCCUUCAUGUUUUUAACCAUUGCCAUCGUCCCCAUUUUGGUUUCCACGAUAGCAUUUUUACCCAAGAGUCGAAUACCCUGGCCUCUUCCGGUGACUUACGGAACCAAUCGUGUGUUAAAUGGCGGAUGUGUGAAAAGCAAAAAUUCUAGAGAUUCCAAAAACAGAGAAGAUUUUGCCGCCUUCAAGAACGUUACCUGUUCCUCGUUGUUUGGGUGGUCUCUGGUCUGGUUCGGCAUUCAGUAUUUGAGGGAAUUUCUUUACGAUGAAAACUUUCGUUUGUUGUUCAUUAGAUUGGGAACAGACAAAGAACAAAUAAAUACGGAGUAUGCUCGUCUGUACUCGAGUCUGAAGAUGCUAGGAUUACCAGUGGCUCCUGUGUUGGGAUAUUUGUUGGACUGGAAGAAAUUAUCAAGUUACAGUCCACCUCGCAUUCAGACUAUGCAUAGAAUUCUGUUUCUGGUGGUGCUUUCAAGUGCUUUAGCUUUGCUCAACUCUAUUUUGCCAUUUGUUCCGUCAGUAACGAUACAGAUAGCUGGAUUUGUUCUACAGAUAAUAGAGCGAGUGUCGGUGUUGGUGUGUAUCUGCAGCUUUUUAACUCACGUCCAUUUUCCAAUUGAACAUUUGGGAAAAUACAUCGGCUGUCACUUUUUGGUUGCCAGUCUCACUAGUUUGUCAGGUUUUGCAUUCCAGAGGUUAAUACAGGUUAACCUUGAAAAUAACUUCUUUUACAUAAAUUUGGUGCUAUUGGUUUUAUUAUUGAUCUCCUGUGUUCAUCCAAUAAACAUCUGGAAUCACUGCCGCCAUGGUUUUAUACAGGAUGCCUCGGAGUCAAAUUAUGAUGGAGACCCAUCCCCGCAGGAAAAUCUCAUGUCAGUGCCGAACAGUCCGAGCAGCGUAUAAACUCACGUGAGGUAUAGAAGAACAAGAUGGCGACCGUGACUGUCAGAUCGACAAAAAUGGUGAACAGAAAAUGUCAAACUUAACUCUGUGAAAGAAGAAUAUCAACUUGUAAUUUGUUAAUACACGAGUAACAAUCCAUGAAAUUUGCCUUUUAUGAACGAGGAAGGCAAAUAUAACGAACAGUGAUCGAUCUAAAUAAUUGAAUAAAAUACAACCUACAAACAAUACAAAUUUGCAAACAGUGUAUAAACAAUUUAAGUGUUGGGCCAAGUGUCUUAGAGGAGUAUGUAUAGUUAAAUUCUGUCGGUCACAACAGCUGUGGGCUCCAUAUUAUAAUCUGAUAGACGAAAUAGUGUUUAGAAUUAAAAGGCUCCUACAUUCGCUUUGAAAAAUUGUGGUACGACAUACGCACUCAGUGAUAGGUCAUGUUUGCUAAUAUGGUAAUUAUAACGACUAUAGAAUUAACAAGAUUGCUGAAUUUCCUUCAGUGUCAUCUCAUCUGUCAGUAGUCUACCUUGGUUUAAAAACUAAUCGUACUCGAAGCAUGAUCUUGAGUAUCGAACAAAAUGGGACUAUAUAUACACAGAGUACAUUCUGUAUUACCAAAAUGACAAUGAAAAAAUGACGUUAUUUCGUUUACAUUUUAAGUUUUUUAUUGGCCUUCAUCUAAAAAAUCCAAUUAUAGAAUAUCUUUGGCAGACUCUGUAUUUUUUGAUGGGGUCAUUGAAUCACAAUUGACUGGUACAUGUACAUGUAUAUCGGUAUGACUGACCACUGCUAUACAACAAGUGUCUUGCAGUGUAACGUAGACUACUGACCCGGGUUAAAAAUUGUGAGGUUUAUUUUUAAACACAUGUAGACUACACCCAGGGUCAUUUUUCAAAAUCUUCAAUUUUUAUGACUUUAACACGGUGAAAAUUGACUCUGUUAAAAUUGUCUAAAACAAUAAAGUUUUGAACUGUA